AUGGACGAACGGUUCAACAGGUGGCUGCUGCCGCCGCUGCUGACGCUGCUCUUCUUGCUCAUCGUCUAUCAGUACGUGUCGCCCGCCUGCCCCGGCGCCACCUGCCCCCGCCGCCCGGCGGCCUCGGCCGCUGCCACCCGCCGCGGAGAGGACCCGGCGGAGCGGGAGCGGGAGACAGCGGAGGGCGCCGCGGAGGAGGCGGCGGCGCUGCCGCGGCUGGUGCCCAAGUUCCCGUUCGCGCAGGGGGAGCUGUGCCGGCGGGUGCGGUUCGACAUGCGGGGCCGCGACGUGAUCGUCUUCCUGCACAUCCAGAAGACGGGCGGCACCACCUUCGGGCGGCACCUGGUGCGCAACAUCCGCCUGGAGCAGCCCUGCUACUGCCGCGCCGGGCAAAAGAAGUGCGCCUGCCACCGCCCGGGCGGCGACAAGGACACCUGGCUCUUCUCCCGCUUCUCCACCGGCUGGAGCUGCGGGCUGCACGCCGACUGGACCGAGCUCACCAGCUGCGUGCCCGCCGCCAUGGAGCGGCGCGGCUGCGCCGGCAACCGCACCCUCAGGAACUUCUAUUACAUUACAAUGCUGAGGGAUCCGGUGUCACGGUACUUGAGCGAGUGGAAACAUGUCCAGAGAGGUGCGACAUGGAAAACUUCCCUUCAUAUGUGCGAUGGAAGAAGCCCAACACCAGAUGAGCUUCCGACCUGUUAUGAGGGAGAAGACUGGUCUGGAGUCAGUUUACAGGAAUUCAUGGAUUGUAGCUACAACUUAGCCAACAACCGCCAGGUGCGCAUGCUGGCAGACCUCAGCCUGGUGGGAUGUUACAACUUGACUUUUAUGAAUGAGAGUGAAAGAAAUACGAUCCUUCUCCAAAGCGCCAAGAACAAUCUGAAAAAUAUGGCCUUCUUUGGACUCACAGAAUUUCAGAGGAAAACACAGUAUCUCUUUGAGAGGACAUUCAACCUGAAAUUCAUUUCCCCGUUCACCCAGUUCAACGUUACACGGGCCUCUAACGUGGACAUAGAUGAGGACGUGCGGCAACGGAUAGAGGAGCUGAAUUUCUUGGACAUGCAGCUCUAUGAAUAUGCGAAAGACCUCUUCUUGCAGCGCUUCCAGUACUCCAAGCAAGAGGAGCAUCAGAAGAACCGACUAAAGAGGCGAGAAGAGCGGAGGCUGCUGCGGGAGCAGAGAGCACGCCAGUGGCCAAAGGAAGAGGCGUCAGCAGCACAAGCUGCUGUAACCGAAGAUUACAAUAGUCAGGUUGCAAGAUGGUGA